AUGCGGACAGUGGAACACUGUAUAGUUUGCGGGCACGGUCCACUAGUUCUGAGUCAUUUAUACGAUCAUCUACGUAGAUCACAUUCUUGGAAUGAAGCUCAAAUUGAUGGAGAAAAAUUGCGAAUACGAGCCAAAAAAGGAAGUCUUCGCUGUGAUAUCUGCGAUAAGAUCUACAGUACAUUGCAUUCACUGAGGCAUCAUAAACUGAAACUGCAUCCAAGCGGAAAGACUUCGUCGAAUGUUAUUUGUCCGGAAUGUGGUCAAAGGUUCUAUACUUACCGGGAUUUGGCAAAACAUUGCAAUGACUGGCAUACUACAAAACCAGCUACACAGGACUAUUCCAUUAUUACUGGACAGUUUGAUUGUUACACGGCAUUUGAG